CUGUUUCUUUCUCUACAACAUCGAUGCAAAAGCAUACACACGCAUUCAUACCCAGAUUCAAUUUAUUUGGUUAACUGUAUUUGCUUUGGUAAAUCAAAUUAAGACACAAUUGGGGGAAGGGAAGAAUUGUUUUGUGGCAUAAACUAGAGGGGGAUGGCUGUAACCUCUUAUCUUAUUCCUAUUGUGCCUCCUCUCAGAUCUUAGUUUAUUGCAAGAUUUAGCAUCUGGGUUUCCUUUGAUUGGUGUACUCAAUUCUGGGUCGGUGGAUUGAUCGAUGAAGGAUCUGUUGUUUCUAUAUUGAUCAGAGAAGUUUUGUGUUUGUUUUGGAAUAGAAUUUGUUGCUCCCUCCUUGUCCAAUCAAGGUUUUGUUUUGAAUUGGCAAGUAUUUUUGAUUUACAUUUGUGAUUUUUGGACUUUAUGUUGAUGGAAGUAGCUUUCUCUUGUCGAUAAGAUGUCUGAGAAUGGAAAGUUAUUUAUUGGUGGAAUUUCUUGGGACACCAAUGAAGAACGUCUCAAGGAGUACUUCAGUAGCUUUGGGGAGGUGGUGGAAGCAGUGAUCAUGAAAGAUCGUGCAACAGGUCGUGCCCGUGGUUUUGGUUUCAUUGUUUUUUCUGACCCAGCCGUUGCUGAAAAAGUGAUCAAGGAGAAACAUAACAUUGAUGGCAGGAUGGUUGAGGCAAAAAAAGCAGUACCUAGGGAUGACCAGAAUAUUAUGAGUAGAAGCAGUGGUAGCAUCCAGGGUUCUCCUGGUCCAGGCCGUACAAGAAAGAUUUUUGUAGGAGGUUUAGCAUCUACUGUCACAGAGAGUGACUUUAAGAAGUAUUUUGAUCAGUUUGGGAAUAUCACAGAUGUUGUAGUGAUGUACGAUCACAACACCCAGAGACCUAGAGGUUUUGGAUUUAUCACUUAUGAUUCAGAAGAGGCAGUGGACAAAGUUCUGAUCAAGACUUUUCACGAACUUAAUGGCAAAAUGGUUGAGGUUAAGAGAGCAGUGCCCAAAGAAUUAUCUCCAGGUCCCAGUCGCAGUCCACUUGGUGGGUAUAACUAUGGUCUUGCUAGGGUCAAUAGCUUCCUUAAUGGCUACACGCAGGGAUAUACUCCAAGUACUGUUGGAGGCUACGGGGUUAGGAUGGAUGGCAGAUUCAGUCCAGUUGCCAGUGGUCGAAGUGGGUUUCCUCCAUUUGGUUCUGGUUAUGGAAUGGGCAUGAACUUUGAGCCAUCAUUGAGUCCUAGCUUUGGAAGCAACACAAAUUGUAGUAGUAAUAUCAGCUUUGGACGGGGAUUGAGCCCCUACUAUAUUGGUAAUACAAAUAGAUUUAGUGGUCAUAUUGGGUAUGAUGGAGGAAAUGGAGGAAAUUCUUCCUUUUUCAGCUCAGUGACUCGGAAUCUUUGGGGAAAUGGGGGACUUAAUUAUAACACAAGUACUGCAAGUUCCAGUGCAUAUAUGGGAUCUGGAAGUGGUGGCAUUGGAGGAAGCAACUUUGGUAAUAAUGGGAUUAAUUGGGGUUCCUCAGCAAUUUCAGGUCAGGGUGCAGGAAAUAAUGUUUCUAAUAAUAGUGGGAACUUGGGAUAUGGAGGUGGUGAUAACAGCUUUGGAUUGGAAGCAGCAGGAUAUGGAAGAAACAGUGGGACUAAUGUAGCACCAGCCUCAUCAUAUGCAGUAUCAAAUGGUAGCUAUGAUGGAGCCUUUGCAGACCUUUAUGGUGGUGGUUCAGUUUAUGGAGACAGAACUUGGAGGUCAUCAACAUCUGAGCAAGAUAAUUCUGGUUCCUUUGGCUAUGGGUUUGGAAAUGCCACUUCUGAUGUUCCAACUAAAAAUUCCCCUGGUUAUGUCGGUGGUUAUGGUGCUAACAAGAGACAGCCAAAUAGAGGAAUUCCUGCCUAGAGGAUUAUUUUGGUUUUCAAAAUGCAGUAGGUGAUGAUAAUCUUGUGAAGCUGGUGAUCUGUGAAUUCCACUCAUUUCCCUCGUUAGAUAUGUUUGAGUUAUAAGAAAGUUGGUUUACCUAGGGCUAACUGGAGUGCCUGUUUUUGAAGAAUUAAAUUUAGAGAUAGACGUUCCAAGGGAUUUUCUGUUGAAGGCUUGAAUUUUGAAUUACCUUGUUUAGGUUUUUUGUUUCAGUAUUGAGUGAGAUGUAAAAUCAGAUUGCGGGAUAUAGUCAGAAAAUGUAUCAUGCAUCUCAGUGAGGCGGCGAUACAUAAGGAUAUAGACUACUAUUUUUUUCCCUUUCUAGAUGAAAUUUCCUAUAUGCUCUGGCAAAAUUGUGGUUUUUUGUCAGGUAUGUUUUGUUAUUUUCUUGUACCCAAUUUUUGGGAUUGUUUUUCGGCCAUAUUGUACUCCAGGUUAUUGUUGAUUUACUAGUGUGAAAACAUUUAAAGGGAUACCCAUAUAGGGUCCCUAAGAAUAAGCUACGACACAUGCU